UCGGCUCGGUAUCGCGCGGUUUUUGUUCCGCAUGACCACUGACUAAUGCACUAAUAAUGAAUACAGAAUAUUUCGGAAAAUGUGAAAAUUUCAUGAGGUGAUGAACAAUUUCAUUUCUUCGAGAAGAGAAAAAGUGAAUGAACAGCGAAAUUAAAGUGCAACUUUGAAAGAAAAAUUUAAAUGUUUUUGACAAUUUUAUUUUUCAACGGCAGACUUUUUAACGCAUAUUGCGCUUUUUUCUUUCAUUUUAAUUGUACCAACUGGUGCAGUGAUUACGGGAGCUGAAUACAUUCCCUGUAUUUGAUAUUGCAACGCGGGUGAUUCAAAGUGGCCAGCGGCUGUUAUUUAUUUCACGUACACCAGUGACUGAGUGUUUGAAGGAUUUCGCUUGGAUUUUUAUACAGAGCAACGGUGUACGUGUUUCGACUCUCAGAUUGGGGUUUACGGACAGAGGUGACGAACACGCGGACGUACGACGAAGACGAGAGAUCGAGCGGAAGAACAGCCAUCGCAUGUAGCAGUCGGGUACAGAUACGAUGAAGCCAUCCAUGAAGAUGGGGGUAGUUGUUUUGAUAGGUGUAUGCGUGGUAUUCUAUCAGUAUCACCUAUCCAGCUUCGUGAGAUUUGAUCAAUUGACGGAUUUUAACAGCCCGGAUCCAGCAUCACCCUAUGGCGCUGCCAAUAUUCCCGGCUCGGAGAUGUACGACUACAGUGGACUCCGCAGGAUUUCAGAGGAAAUGAUACGCGCUGCCGUGCGAACGGUGCAAAAUUCAAAUGGUCUCAGCCCCGAGUUGGCUAAUCAUCUGGUUCAGGAGCUAUGGGCACAAUUGAGUAAGCCAGAUGCAACUAGACCUGAGAAACCUUGUCCUCUACCAGCCAAGAAGAAGAGUACACUGGAUCCUCUUUACAUCAUCACACCGACUUAUAGGCGGCCAGAACAAAUUCCUGAGCUGACUAGAAUGUCGCAUACACUCAUGCUAGUCGAGAAUAUCCAUUGGCUGGUCAUUGAGGACGCUAAAGUCCCUACUGAGCAAGUCACCAAGUUACUUAAGAGGACUGGGAUCAAAUUUGAGCAUUUAAUAGCUCCGAUGCCGGAUAAAUUCAAGAGCAAGAAGGGGGCGAAACCGAGAGGCGUUUCUAAUCGCAAUCGUGGUCUUCAGUGGAUCCGAGCUAAUGCCACUUCAGGAGUAUUCUACUUCGCUGAUGAUGACAAUACUUAUGAUAUUGAUCUUUUUAAUGAGAUAAGGCAAACCGAGAAAGUCUCCAUGUUUCCAGUGGGUUUGUGCACAAAAUUCGGCUUGAGCACACCAAUAGUGAAAGAUGGAAAAUUCUCGGGUUUUUACGACGGUUGGGUAGCAGGAAGACAGUUUCCUGUUGACAUGGCGGGCUUUGCUGUUAGCGUCAAAUUUCUCCUGCAACGGCCAAACGCUACAAUGCCAUAUCGCGCUGGUUACGAGGAGGAUGGUUUUUUAAAGAGUCUAGCGCCAUUCAAUGCCACUGAAGUUGAACUUUUAGCUGACAAUUGCACCCGAGUACUAGCGUGGCACACGCAAACCAAGAAAAACGAGCCAAGUGCAGCAUUGAACAUGAAACUGUACGGUGCCACUAAUUUAGUUGAUCUCAAGCAGCAAAUAAUAUGAUGCAGAUGUGAAAUGAUCAUCUUUGAUAUUGGACUGCCGAUCAUAUUUCAGGUGAAAAUGAUCAUCGGGUAGAUUUUUUUUUGUUCCGAUUUCAACGGAAUGUAAUAAACAAUGUGAUCCAGUGCCUAUGAAUGAAUAACUUCCUACUGUCGGGUAAUUACGCGAGGCGAGGCUGAAUGAUAAAGAACGGAAUGGUUUCUUUCAGAAAUGCAAACGUUUGAUUAGCCCAUAAGUUGAAUAAAACGAGAGCAUUAAUUUUUAAAUUAAAUUAUGAAGAAAAUUCCAAUCGAUGAUAAUUAAUUCUUGAAUUCAGAGAUUUAGUUUUUUAACAAAAAAAGAAGAAAACUAAAGAAAAGAACACUGAGAUAAAUUUUUCAAGCGCUUCCGAGUUAUUUCAAUUCGUAAAUUAUAAAAUGAUAUUAAAAAUACUCGGUGUAUUAAGGCGAAGCGUUAGGCAAUGAUAAUUGUGAACAAAUGUGUUAUAUUAAAUAUGCUAUGAAGGCAUUAACCAAAUACAUGCAUUAAAUGUCACUCGUAGUGAUGACACAGUGAGUCCCCCCCCCCGUGCACAACGACAACCUUGUUCAAAUAUAGAUUGAAAAUUAAAUUUAUUACCCAAUAUUCGAACGAAUUAUAUUGAGACGAUUGUGAGAGGUUUUUGGAUUAUGACGUAAUGACACUUUGAGCCCGAGACACUGGGUAACAAGCCCUGUCCACUUAUUACACGUACGUGUAACUGUUUACCACAUGUACAUUGUCAACUUAUUUAUUGUAAUUUUUACAUUGAGAUGAAAAAUGUCGAUGAAGAUAAUGCUCGUAUAAUUGUCAAGUUUUAUUGUCAAUAAUUUUACCUUAUUGCAUCGACGAGAAUGAACAGAGACAAAAAAAAUCAGGAAACAUGUAUUAUAUUUGUAUAAUACGAAAUGAAAUGAAGAGAAGAGCUGUGAGGCUACUUAUUUAUACGGCAUACUCAAUAAUAGUGAAUAAAAAUCCAGAAGUGAUUACUACACUUAAGACUUCUUCUUUGUAAAAUGUAAAAUAUUGAAAUAUAAGAUCUCGCUUAGUUGUAAUGGA